GAAUGCAGUCCAGCAAACCCCUCUGUUCUCCAGAAGGACACAUCAGAGUUGAAGACCCUUCCUGAGGAGAUAUGUCCAUCAGCCAUCAUAAACCUGACCUCCAGCUCUGACUCUCCCCACUUCCUCACCAUCAUGAAUGAGCCUGCCAUUUUGGGUGGUUCUUAUCAGGGGUUGGCCAUACUGUCUGACAGUGUUGGUCGUUGGGAGCAGCAUAAUGUCAGUCAUCUGUCAGGACCAGAAGGAAACUACACUGAUUCACCAGGGAACCCAACAUUAAUGCUGCCAGCAGACGAGUUCGACCCGUUAGGAGGACAUACUGUCUUGCAGGUCGUUGUUAUCGUCUUCCUCACUGGAUCACUUUCCAUUGUCACGGUUGUUGGCAACAUCCUAGUGAUGGUGUCAUUCAAGAUAAAUAAGGCACUGAAGACAGUGAACAACUACUACCUGCUUAGCCUAGCAUUUGCUGACCUGACUAUCGGCACCCUGUCAAUGAACCUGUACACCACCUACAUCAUCAUGAACCAGUGGGCCCUGGGGCCGGUGGUCUGUGACUUGUGGCUCGCAAUAGACUAUGUGGCAAGUAACGCCUCAGUCAUGAACCUGCUUGUUAUCAGCUUUGACAGGUAUUUCUCUGUUACCAGACCUCUGACAUACCGGGCCAAGCGCACAACCAAGCGAGCCAUGACCAUGAUAGGAUUAGCCUGGUCCAUCUCUUUCAUUCUCUGGGCCCCAGCCAUCCUGUUCUGGCAGUACAUCGUGGGUGAGCGAACCGUUACGCCUAAUCAUUGCUACAUCCAGUUCCUGUCUGAGCCAAUUAUCACAUUCUGCACUGCUAUUGCUGCUUUCUACUUGCCAGUAAGUAUUAUGACAUUCCUGUUUUGGAAGAUAUAUCAGGAGACAGAAAAACGUAAUAAAGAUAUGCAAAGUCUCAGGGGAGCUGGAGUUGGCAAAAGCUCAAGCCAGGCUCAGAAUCAAGGAAGUGGCAGUGGGAAAGUUGGUGGAGAAGGUGCGACUAACAGCCAGAAGGAUUCAUCAGCCAUGCAAUGCCAAAUGAGCUCUCAAAGCUGCAGCAGCGAUGAACUUAACCAGCUGGCUUCUGAGAAGAACAACAAGGAAAAUACCAGCAUGGCAGGAGGAACAGGAAGCAGAGGGAGGUGUGGCUCAUCGUGCUGUUUCCAGUUUUCAUCACUGUUGCCAGGUCGCCAUGCAUUCAAAAGGUCCGUCAACACCACGAUAACUACUGUGGGUGAAGCAGAGCAGAGCAGCAGUGAAAGCCUCAACAUUGAAGCCGGUGGUACUGGGGACCAGUCCGGUUCAGACGACAAGGCUGAAGGUGUGGAUUUAAACUAA